UCAUCACAACAGGUCGCGUGCAGCUGACUGAACACUGAGCACGAGAGGAGCCCGUCGACCUGCUCUCCUUCACCGGGACUGUACUCACCCUCCUGCCCGACUUGAGUCCACUGCUCCCCGGCCCUCAAAGCCAGGGGACACGCUGACAACCUCGACCCUCCUCGGCCGGGGAACUUAUCGUUGUGAGACGCUGCGGACCACCCGCAUGACACCUGCCGUCAGGGCAAUGAGGCUCCCCGCUGUGCCGCCCACCUCCGGGCUCCUCACCGGCUUCCUGGUGCUGCUGCUGCCGCUGCUGGCUUCCGGUCUCCCCGCUCACACCCCGGAGAACCCGGGCCUGGUUUUCAUUGAGCAGAACAGGGUCGGAUUCAACUGGAGAAAUGUCUCCUGUUCGAUGUGUAAAGCCGCCUUCACCAUCCUUGAUGUCGCUCUGCUGACUGAUUCGAAUGAGGAGCGGGUGGCCCGUGCAUUCGGUGAGGCGUGUAUCCGUCUCCAUCUGGCCGAUGAGCAGGUGUGUCGACAAAUAACCGAGCUGUUCAGGGACGACUUCAUCCGAGCUCUGCAGCAGUCCGUGCUGUGGCCCUCCGAGGCUUGUGCCAUGCUGAUCGGCCCCUCCUGUGGCAAUUUUGACAUCUACGCACCCUGGAACAUCACCUUGCCGAAGGUCCCCAAGCCUCCUGUGACACCCCCCUCUCCUCCUAAACCUGGUUCUCCACAGAGCAGGGUCCUAUUUCUAACUGACAUCCACUGGGACAAGGAGUACCAAGCCGGCAGCUCUGCAGACUGCAAGGACCCUCUGUGCUGCCGGAAAGACUCUGGCUCUCCCAGCUGGAGGCGGCGACAGGCUGGGUACUGGGGAACCUACAGUAAGUGUGACCUGCCUCUGCGCACGGUGGAGAACCUCCUGGAAAAUGCAGCCGGCGCCGGAUCCUGGGACUGGGUUUACUGGACCGGAGAUAUACCAGCGCACAAUGUUUGGGCCCAGACCAGGAAACAGCAGCUGUCAGAGCUUUCUGUCAUCUCCAGGCUCAUCCACAAACACCUGGGACCUAAUGUGACAGUUUACCCUGCUGUAGGGAAUCAUGAGAGUACGCCAGUGAACAGCUUCCCACCGCCCUUUGUUCAUGGCAACAGAUCCUCCUCCUGGCUCUACGAUACGAUGGCAGAGGAAUGGUCCGCAUGGCUACCAGAGGAAGCUUUGAAGACUCUAAGAUACGGAGGAUUCUACACGGUGAAGGUUCGGCCUGGUCUCAGGGUGGUCUCUCUCAACAUGAACUUCUGUGCUCGAGAGAACUUCUGGCUGAUGGUGAACUCUACUGACCCGGCUAACCAGCUGCAGUGGCUGGUCCAUAUACUGCAGACCAGUGAGGAGCAGGGAGAGAAGGUACACAUCAUAGGUCACAUCCCACCUGGCCUGUGUCUCAGUAGCUGGAGCUGGAACUACUAUCACAUUGUCAACAGAUAUGAAAGUACAAUUGCUGGGCAGUUUUUUGGUCACACGCACUUAGACGAGUUCCAAAUGUUUUAUGACGAGAGAACCAUGAGCCGCCCGCUGGGAGUGGCUUUCAUCGCUCCCAGUGUCACUACCUAUAUUAAUCUGAACCCAGGAUACCGUGUCUACUAUGUCGAUGGUGACUACCCCGGCAGCUCUCGGCUCGUGCUCGACCAUGAAACCUACAUCCUCAACCUCACAAAGGUGAACCACGCUCCAGGGAUUACACUCAGCCCAGAACAAAACCCGAAAUGGACACUGCUUUACCGCGCCACCGAGGCAUACGGUCUUUCCACCCUGUUCCCGUCUGAUUACGACAAGCUGAUGCAGGCCUUCAUCAAGGAUGACCGAGUCUUCCAAAGGUUCUGGUACUUCAGGCAUAAAGGACACGUGUCGGAGCCCUGCAAGGAGACAUGCAAAACCUCCCUGCUCUGCUUUCUGCGGAGUGGGCGCUACGACGAGCUGGAGCAGUGCGACCUCUUCAAUGGUUAUAAAGGCAACAUGGCGAGGGCUGCCAGAAAAACUCUCUGCUGAUCUCAGGAAGUUUGGGCUGACUGGUUGAAUAGAGAAAAAGAGCAGUUGGACCAAAUAAGAAAUUGAGCCAAAAAGUUUUUGUUUUUUUCUUGUUGCUGGUGGGUAAGGAUAGGAACACUCUGAGGAUUUCAUCUACUGUGAAGAGGUUGAGGAUUUGUCAGUUUUGCCUUGUGCUGUUGGUCAUGUUUUUGCAAAUGCAAUGUCAGUUGUGUGAAGACUUAGAGAAAGUUUCCAUAAUGUUGUUGUUUACUUGAAAAGUACAGAACAGCCAGGGUUAACGGGUUUGUUUGACGUUGUCACGAUUUUCAGUUCCUUCUAUACUGGGUGCCUUUUGUCAGGGAAAAUAAUUUGAAUCCAUCCUGGACAACAAUCUUGAAAUGCUGCUCUGACAACAUUCAUUCGUGUAAAUGUCCUCGAGGAUUGUCAGGAUUUUGCGACAUUUUGCUCAUAUUUUCUUCACUCAUGAAGUUUCUUCAACUGCCGCCUUGUUGAUUGGGACAUUGGAAAGUUUGCUUUAAAUUUAUCACUGACUUUUGAUCUGUCCCCCAAUGCUUCAGUUCACCACACACUUUAUUGAAUCUGGUGGGUUAAUGGACCUCAGUGAUUAUAAUCCAGGGCUAGUUUUGUUGAGUCAUAAUGUUGCGUAAAUGCAAGUUCUCUAUCUGAGCCAUUUGUGAAGAUUCAGUCAAAGUACAAAACCUUAAUGCACAGCACCAUCUGCCUUUUAGAUCUUGCAAAGACAUCUUCUAGUCUAGAUAAGAGUGUUUCUCGCUAAGUGUUACUUGUGUCUGCACUUUAAUUAUUUUGUUAGCUGGUUUAAGUUCCAGGUGUAUUAGAGAACAAGUUUGAUAGACUUUCAACGGAGAAGGUUUUCACGUCUUGAUCUGUGUCCUGUGGUGUAACAUGACCAUGGAUGUAAAAAGCAAUAAUUCAAAGAUUGUAUAAAAUACGAAUAAAUGAUAUCUUAAACUCUU